AUGGAUCCAAUCUACACCAAUGACCUGGAUCGAAUCGCUUCCCACAAAACCGUCUCGCUAAAACAGAAGAAUAAAGCCCUUCUCGGUAUUUACGUUCGGAUAGUGCUCGCCGAACUAAACUACACCAUCGCCGCCAAAUACGAGCAGUACGGAGAUGUAGCGAUGAAACAACUGUUCAAGCUGAACAACACCCACUACAUCUUGAAGUCGCUUCAACGCUCGAACCUAAUCGACGUUGCUGCCCUUACGGAGCACGAUUGCGAGCAACACUACCAGAAAAUGACCCAAGACCUGAAGAAAGCCUAUCUUAACUCGUGGUCCAAGCUGCUGUCAUGCAUCGCCCCACUGGAAGACGUUCUGAAACCGAUCGGCGACCGGGUGAAAGACAAGGAACGAGCUACUAUCAAGAAGCGGUUUUCCUCGUUCAACAAGGAACUGGACGAGGUGGUACGGACGCAGCGUGCCAUCUCCGUACCGGAUGGGCUGCUGCGGGAGGGCAUCAAGCGGGACAACACCGAGCACAUUAUUCUGCAGUACAAUGCGUUUUUUGAGAUCUACUCCAAAGUACAGUUCAGUAAGAAUCCGGAUAAGUAUGUCAAGUAUCGACCGACGGAUGUGACCGCGAUACUAUUUAAGUCCAUCACUUGCAUUCAAACGAUCAUUCCCGUGACGAUCAAGAUGAUCUUCCUGUUGACACUAGUGUCGCUUCUAGCGACUGAUUCAACCGCCACGGAGCAAAAUUUAAGCCGCCAAGGCUAUCAGCUACCGUUCACCACCUAUCCGGUACACUACAGUCUGCGGCUGGAGAUGCCCGUUAAUCUGGACUCGGUUGACCUCUACACCGGACAGGUCAUCAUCAGCAUCAACGCCCCGUUCCCUACGAAUCUCAUCGUGCUGCAUUCCGAUUCCGGUAUUGCAAUCCAUUCCGUCGAUCUCAAGUGGGGCGACUCAGAUGUGCCCAUCGCGGCUGUAGAACGGGAUGCCGCAACCCAGUUCCUCAAAAUCUACACCUCAAAUCCGAUACUGAGCCUGGUGGACGGAGAGUACCAGUUGCUGAUCGACUUCAGUGGGAACUUGGAACACCACGAAGGUCGAGGUUUCUUGAAGAAAAGCUACACGGAAACUGCAGAAGGUGACAUUCUUAUGGAGAAGCAUUUCUACGCGAUGACGGCCUUUGAACCGACUUUCGCUCGGAAGGCAUUCCCAUGCUACGAUGAACCGGAGUAUAAGGCGACCUUCGACAUAGAAGUCAUAUCCAGUAGGAAACACAACGUUCACUCCAACGGGGACUUGAUGGAGGAGCAGGAGUUGGACCAAGCUAGAAAGCUGGUUCGUUUCAACCGGACACCUCCGAUGGCCAGCUAUCUGGUGGCGAUCUUGGUAUCUGAGUUUGAAGAAACAGUUCGGGAAUCUGAUGGAGUGAGGAUCGGGAUACUGAUCCAACCGGUUGACGGUGACGAUGGAGCUUUGGAGUUUGCAUUGAAUAUGACGGAGAAGUCGCUGCAGGCUUUGCAAGACUACACCGGGCAAAAGUACUCCCUUCCGAAGUUGUGCCAAGUCGGCAUCGUAGGCUUCAGUGGGGGUAUGGAGAACUGGGGAUUGAUUCUGUGUGAUGAGGAUUAUCUGUUCGUAGACCAGCAGGCGGACAUCUUCGAACAGAUAGAUUCGGCCAGAUUGAUCUCCCACGAGGUGGCUCAUCAAUUCUUCGGUAACCUUGUCGGAAUUACCUGGUGGGAUCAUUUGUGGUUGAAGGAAGGAUUUGCCACGUUCAUGUCGGACAGGUUGACCUUGCAGUUCCUUCCCGAAGCCUAUUGGACAAUCAGAUCCGAGUACGACCAGCGUACGUUGGCAGUACUGAACUACGACUCCAGUCCCCUAACCCAUUCAAUGCUCUACAGAGUUGAACAUCCGGAUGAAAUUCAGGCGCUGUACUAUGACGGAAAUUAUAUGAUUGUGUACGAGAAAGCUUCCCGAGUAAUUCGCAUGAUGGAACAGGCACUGGGACCUGACGUGUUUCAAGCCGGAAUUCAGAAGUAUAUCGCCACUAAUCAGUUUACAUCAGCCGAUCCCUCUAGCUUGUACCAAAGUUUACAUGAGCUUGUAGCUGCCAGUUCGAUUAUUCUGCAGGAAACUCACGUGGCCGAGAUGUUCAACAGCUGGGUAUACCAAGCCGGUCAUCCUAUAGUCGACGUUCAGCGUAUUGGAAACUCGAACAAAUACCGCUUCACGCAGCGCCCCUUUAGAGCAUGCCCCAGUAGCCCUGGCAGUCGCUGGUGGAUACCGAUUUUCUACAGUUCGUACGAGUUGGAUGAAGAUUUCGGGGAAACGCCAGCUUUCUGGAUUCCAGACAAUACAGAUUCAGUGAUUGUGACCCUAGACGGAAUGCUGCCGCUGGUGAACGUUGGAUCGUAUGGCUUUUACCGAGUCAGCUAUUCGCAGCAGGGAUGGAACGAGAUCCUUGAUAACUGGUACAGGAUAGGCGGUUCAGCGCGAGCCAAGCUACUGGAUGAUGCCUUCAGUCUCCAGUGGGACCAGGAGGCGUUCUUUGAGCCUCUCUUUUUGAUGUUGGACAAGUUGUGGAACGAUACCGAUCCACUGCCGUGGAUAGCAGCGAUGGCCGACCACAAUCUCUGGCAGUUGGUUCGGCUAAGCUUGGGAAGGAUGGAUGUGGAGCAGGACAUGAAGAUUGUAGCCAAACGAUUUACCUCGAAUAUGUUGAGGUUGUUCCAGAACGCUUCGAGUAACGGUGGCAUGGAAGCUCGAAUGCUGGCGCUGAAGUGGGCUUGCCGACUGGAGAUGUCCAGCUGUCAGAAAAUUGGAAAAUCACUUAACAGUUACGAUACCUGCUAUCAGCUGUUGUCUCCGGAGUACGUGUCUGGAUUGCAGUGCCAUCUAAGAUCGUUUAGGAAGUUGAUCGACGCUGUUGACUUCGAAAGAUGCUUCACCAGUUCGGAAUUCUUCCAACAGUUCGUGGACAACGUGUUGCAGAACUUUAGGUGCCCCGCAAUGCUUGAUCUGUUCGUCGCUGUGAUUAACACAGGAGUUCCUUACAUAGACGAGCUUCUGGAGAUAUUGACUGCUGAAAUUGGCUACCUCCAACUUACCAUCGGAGGUCAGCAUCUGGAAGUGUUCCUUCGAACGGCAGCCUAUUACAUCUACGAUCCAUACCAGCAACAGUUGAUGAUACGGUUCAUGGAACACAUAGAGGUGAUCAGCGAUGAGCAACGGAUCGUCAUUCAAAACCUGAUGGCAGCUCACCUAGCCAGGGUUGCCGGAGUUUCGACUAGCUUGAAGCAAUACCUGAACAACGCGGUGACUGUGGCAGACAAAACUGACUAUCAAUAUGAGUAUUGAAACCGUUUGCGUCAAUGGCAGAAGACUUGUGGCAACUUGUAUAAACGAAUAAACGAAUGCGGAUGAUCGAGGAAACGUUGUUGUGGAUGA